AUUUUCUUGUGCAGUUCAGUUUGUUGUACAGAGAGGGACGCUGUUAGCCGUGAACUUUCUGAUGAUGUCUUAGCUGCAGCUUCUGCCUCAGUAUCACCUUGUGAGGCAGAAAGAGGAGGAGUGAACCGUCGGCGUCGUUAUGAAACGCAGUAKCCAGCCGAGUCUCCUUUGUUCUUCAGAUGACAUUAUUAUCACAUUUUGGAAUAUAUAAUUGUGUUUUACCUUCAAAAGACGGAACCAGAUCUAAAAAAAAGAGAAAGAUUUCAGUUUUUUUUCUAUUUAUUAUUCCCAUGUCGACUGGAAGGAUGGAACGAUUGCUGCUGUUUUUCUCUGCGCUCUCCCUCAGCGUUGUGUGCGGGCAGGUCAGCUACUCCAUUCCGGAGGAGAUGAAAAGGGGCUCUGUGAUUGGUAAUAUAGCUCAUGAUUUGGGUUUGGGAGUGGAGCGRCUGAAAUCCGGGAAAGCUCGGAUUUUUACGGGUAACAAGGAAGAAUAUGUCGAGCUGAAUCGAGAAAGAGGGCUGCUCCUGAUUAAGGACAGAAUAGACAGAGAGUCGCUGUGCGCUCAGACAAUACCCUGCGCGCUCCAUUUYCAAAUGAUUCUAGAGAACCCCAUGGAGUUUUAUACCGUGACUGUUGAGAUUACCGACAUAAAUGAUAAUCCUCCCAACUUUGAAAGAGGUGAGGCCAAAUAUGAAAUUWCAGAAUCAGCUCUUACUGGCGCUCGGUUUGUUUUAGAAAAAGCCGUAGAUGAUGACGUCGGUGUGAAUGGUUUAAGCAGUUACAGCCUGAAACCCAGCGAUCAUUUUGUUUUGAAAACCACCAGCCGAACAGAUGGAAAUAAGCAUGUAGAAAUGAUUUUGCAGAAACCAUUAGACCGAGAAAAAAACGAGCAUUUAUCUUUAAUAUUGACCGCGCUGGAUGGAGGAGAGCCGCAGCUCUCGGGAACAAUGCAGAUUAUCAUCACUGUGUUAGACGUGAAUGACAAUCCUCCGGUUUGUUCUAAACCCGAAUAUAAGGCAAGUGUAACAGAAAAUGCRCCUGUUGGUACAAUAAUUACAACAGUGAAAGCUACAGACAAAGAUAAAGGGAACAAUGGAAAAGUGAUAUAUUCUAUUGCAAAAUCCGCAGCAGCUAAUCUGUUUCAGAUUGAUUCUGAUAGUGGAGUGUUGUCACUGACAGGAAAUGUAGAUUAUGAAAAAAGAAGACUGUAUGAGCUGGAUAUUCAGGUUUCAGAUCAAGGUGGAUUAUCAGACGCAUGUAAGGUGAUAGUGGAGGUGACAGAUGUAAAUGAUAACCCCCCAUCUAUUACAGUUAUGUCUAAAUCAAACUCAUUAUCUGAGGACGUAAAAUCAGGGACUGUUGUAACAAUGCUUAACAUUCAAGAUCCAGAUUCAAAUGAAAAUGGGAAAGUCAUGUGUGCCUUAAAUGAGAAUAUUUCAUUUAGGAUUAAAUCAUCUCAUAAUAAUUUCUUUACUGUCGUAACAGAAGGUGGGUUGGACAGAGAGAGAGCCUCUGAAUAUAAUAUCACAGUGAGCUGCUCUGAUGAAGGAGUGCCCUCCCUCUCCAGCAGCGUCACUCUCACC